AUUAUUGUUGUUGAGAGUUCAAUACACAUUAAACAACGCGUUACCUGACUAACGACUUUAGAAUAUUACUAUUGUCGUGAAAUGGAAACAUUUAUUUGGUGACAUAUGUUUCAUAUUUCUUUGCAAAUGUGAAAGAAUGUUCUUUACGAGGUUUUAAAUCAUAAUGUGUAUUAUUGAAUCCCAUUCACUGCGGAAUUAAGUGUGUCACAUUGUACAGCGGGGAUAGAAAUAUAUGCUUGACAGGUUUUGGACACGCUUUGUUGAAUUUAAUACAAACGAAGGAAGACUACCGGUCGGAAGUUUAUAUACCCGUAGUGUCACUGGAACAGCCAGGUCGUGAACUGUUGAGCUCAUGGAUGUUUAUACUUUGUCCACUCAUCAAUAAUAUUAAAAACAGCACGUCUUUCAUAUAUACAUAAAACUCUGAGAUUAAGAAUCAUGUAAAUAAGACCAGUGUGUUAUUGAAAACUGGAGGUCAGCGUAUACAAACUUUCGGUGGAAUGGGUCUAGUUUCCCCCAUUUUUACGUGACAAUAGUUCAUACCAGAGUUUAUAGAACGUGACAUGUAACAUAAGGACACAUAGUGAAGUUGCCUGUCAUCCUGAUCGACAACCUACCCGGAGUGUAAGAUAUACUCCCUACUGCUGAUAAGAGCGAACCACAAAGACUACAGACGGAGACACAUGUAUAUGUGUGACUGAUAUCAUAUGUUUGUUUAGAAGGUAAACAAAACUUCCCAGGCCAAUAGAAAUUUGUGAAACCGACCCAUGGUAAUAAUCGAUCAGAAAGGUGUUUAUCCGCUUUGAUCCACCCGGGUUGGUAUGUACUCGUAAUCAGAAACAGUAUUCGUCCUUACCCGGGCCUCCUACCUGUCCGCUCAGCUGUGAUGUUUCUUAUGUGAACUUCUGUUAUGACACUUGGAUUUAGACAGAAACACAUAUGUUUGCUUGGAUUUUUAUACAACCGCCUCUGUUUCUGUGAUAUCUACCUGUAAAGAAUUUUACGGGUAUUUGUUAAUAACGGACAUUAUUAGGUCAUCAUUGAGAUAUCAACCAGUGUAAACCAUAUUUGCGCAGAUACCGACAUUCCCUGGAAGGCAAGGUACAUUCUGAAGAGGAUCGUAAAUUAUAUCAUUUUAAAAUCAUCCCACGCAACCCAACGACUUGGAGUUUAAAACUUGUGAAAUUGAAAUAAUAUUGGUUUAAAUCAACUCCAACACUUCGAGACAUCAAUGUUUAAAUUUCAUGCCUGAUAUCAGUUAAUCAUCCAUGAUGUCGAAACAAAGAUUAGCCCUGCAUAUUUCGAGGACGAGUUGUACGUUUAUAGUAUUCAUUGUGUGUGUUUUAUUAUCGAGAGUCAACUCGUCAACAACGACAAGUUUCUUAGAUACUAAUAUCUGUAGCCCAGGGAACACAGUAACGUGCCCAUGUAGAUUCACGAACAAAAGAUUGACGGUCAACUGUACUUACAAAGGAUUCAAUGAAGUUCCCCCGGGAUUUCCUUCUGAAGUCAAAGUAUUAUUACUGAAAAACAAUAUUAUUACAUGGCUAAAUGCAGGAAAUUUCGCUGGUCUACAUUCCCUAGAGACGCUACAUGCCAGCGACAACAGAAUAAAGAACAUACAGGCUGGAACCUUUGAUAAGCUAUACAGCCUGAGGACUUUAAAUUUACAGAAUAAUCUUUUGACAAGGAUUGAAUCUUCCAUGUUCCGAAAUUUGCCUAACCUUCAAACACUCGACCUUUCAAACAACCAGAUUUCAAGAGUGAUUGGCGAUGCUUUUGUUACCCUCACCAAUAUCAACCAAAUUGCAUUUACCGGAAACGGACUAAUGUGUGAUUGCGAGAUCCAAAAGUUCAAACAAUGGUACGAGAUAAUGGGAGGAUAUAAUGUUGGGGUGCUCGACGCAUAUUGUGCCAACAAAAACAACCUUCCAAUCCAGGAUGUAUCUGACUUCGGUGGAUGUGCUGGACAAAGCCUGUUUGACCAGCUUGUUUCGUGUGAGUCGUGUGAAGUAAAGAAGAGUGACAGGCUCUGUGAAGUACCACAGGCAUCAUCAGUGGUUUGCUCGAGUGCUGACCAUCCAGUUUGCUAUACACAAUUGGCGUUCACAACGACUGGUCUAGAGCUGAAUAAAGGAUGUGAAACUUAUCUUGAUUGUGUUCAAAAAGCUCGAAAUGUUAAUUCACAAUGCUUCGGAAUUACCAACGCAGUUCAUUGUACAUUCUGUUGUCUAGGACACAACUGUAAUGACGAUGAUAUCGGAGGGCGGACGAGAACAAUAAUGUUUGACUUGUCAGCACAACUGUACGGAGUGGUGGACGAUAACUUGUUAGAGGCGGGGUCACUGUUGUACACAUCUACACAGACAGGGAUCGCAAAUAUUCUUACCAAUCAUACAUUAGGAACAUAUCACGUGAUUGUGAAUAGCAUCGCACGCUUAGGGGCUGGAGAAUUGACUGUAUCUGCAAGCAUCGAAUGCACAACACUAUACGAAGCACAUGAAAAGUCCAUAUAUGUCUUUAUAUAUAAUGAACUGCAUACAACAAAGAAGCUGUAUGACCAAGUAGUCCAUAGCUGGGGACUCGAAAACCCAACGCUAUGUCCUGCCGAACAGGUUGCUAGCCCUAAGGGGACAUUUUCAUGGCCUGUGGCAGACAUAGGUGAGAUGGAGAGAGUCGUCUGUCCAAGUUACGCGGGGAACAAUGUCAAAUAUGCGACUAGAGAAUGCCUCAUGGGAACUAACAACGCCGCAGAGUGGUCAGCCAUGAGUGUUGGGGAUUGUCUCGACUAUACGGCCCCACAAACAACGACAAUAACAACAACGACAACGACGACGCUGGCGACGACAACAACGACAACAGUUCCUCCAGUCAACAUUACAGCCAGUUUGAUAACACUCUCCCGACAAACUGCCACAGACGACAAUGCUAAUGCCCAAGCCGAGCAACUUGUGGAAAUAUCGGAGUCAUCCGAAACCUAUACCAGUACAGAUGUUAAGUUAACGGUCGAUAAGAUAGAGGAACUAAUCAACCUGGACAGUACCCACUUCUCCAUACAACGAGAGACAGACAUAGCCAAGACAAUGAGCAACUUCCUGGACACACCACAAACACAGUUGUCGAUUGCAGAGAAGGAUUCGAACAGCCCCACUAGAUUCCUACAGACGGUACAACAACUUGUGGAUAAAGCGGAAGCUAACAGUUUUAGUGCUGUUAAUCCGAACCUGGCACUGUUUUCUAGAAAAGGAAUCACGUCCUCCAAUUUCAAUGGCUAUACUAUUCGAUCGAACAGCCAACCAGGUGAAAAGUUUUCUCCAACUUCAGUACAGGUGUUAGAGGGAGCAUACAACAAUAGCGAACAAUCCUUCAUGGUUCUGCCAGCCGAUCUCCCACAGUCAUUAACCCCAAGUCAACGGGCGGCCAUAUCUAAAAUUACAUUUGCAGCAUUUGCGGAGGAGAAAUUAUUCACAGCAAUCACCGGCCAGCUACCACCAGCGUCUGACAGUGUGCAGGUUGGAGAUGAUUCGAAUUUCAUAAGGGGCCCUAAUAGUGUGAUAAUGGCUGCAUCCAUACCUAACGUUGAUGUCAAUGGUCUACAAACUCCUGUCCUACAACGUUUUGUCCAUAAUGAAAAGAAUUCAAAGAAUCCUGAAUGCGUUUUCUGGGAUGAAAGUUUGCAGACCACAUCAAAAUGGGCCAACCAGGGAUGCUACGUUUACGAAACAGUGUCGAACUCCCACACAACCUGUGCUUGUGACCACCUCACCAACUUCGCUCUAUUAAUGGAUAUAUACGGUACAGGAGGGGACCUCAGCGAGGAGAACAAACUGGCCAUGUCUCUGAUCUCCUAUAUCGGGUGUGGUAUUUCCAUCUUCGGCCUUUUGUUGACACUCAUUACAUAUUGUGCAUUUAAGAAACUACGAACCAGUAACCCGUCAAAGAUCCUUAUUAACCUGUGUAUAGCGUUAAUUGCGGUUAAUGCUAUCUUUAUUGUUGGUCAGCAACAAUACACUCUAGAUAACGCUAUUGGAUGUAAGGUAGUUGCGGUACUGCUCCACUACUUCCUGUUGUCCGCUAUGACGUGGAUGGCCGUGGAGGCUUUCUACAUGUACCUGGCACUGGUCAAGAUAUUCAACACCUACAUCCGACGGUUCCUUCUCAAGUGCUGUCUGGUUGGAUGGGGUUUACCGCUAGUAGUUGUGGCCGUGACUUUGGGAAUUAACAAGACGGAUAACUAUGGAAAGCAGCCAGGCGACAUAUGCUGGCUUGAUGCAAUACCGUUCUAUGGUGCAUUUCUGGCCCCUGUUCUGCUGGUUCUGAUUCUAAACACUAUCGCAUUUGUGAUGGUCACACGACAACUGUUCGGGAUGUCGUCCAGAAAGAUAACUAAAUCAGACAAGUCCAGCACUGUGUCCCGACUCCGGGGAGCGGUAGGCGUCGUCAUCCUCCUUGGCCUCACGUGGUUGUUUGCAAUAUUUGCUGUCAGAGGCACCGGUGGAAUAAUUGUCCAAUAUCUGUUCACAAUUCUUAACUCACUUCAAGGACUUUUCGUUUUCAUAUUUUACUGUUUCCUACACAAAGAGGCGAGGAAAAACUGGGCGAGAACCUGUUGUGACGUCACAGACGAGAAAGGCAGUACACAGACUAGUAAAGGAGAGAAAGCCAAAAAGUACAUUGCAGGGUACAAUUCCAGCAGUUCUCCGUCUUCUAGAAAUGGCACUGCCUCCUCUGGCGACUUUUCUUCUGAUAUAAGCAGGAGCACAAGCCAAAGUGACAUCGCUCCACAAUGUUGAGUUUGUAAGAAGCUUCCUUCACGUUUUCAACACAGGAGCACACCAGAGGACGAUUUCCAUCAUAUGCUGAUUCGACAGUAUAGCGUCAACCGACAAGAUUAAUCGAAAUCUUGUUCAACAAAUUUGAACAUGAUCUAUCCAGUGCUCGCCUCUCUUCAAUAACAUAGCAACAUCGCCACGUCUUAACUAUAUUUACAAAUAAUAGUCAACUCUUUUAAUUCAACAGAAUACAAUAUAACUCUCAACUAUGCUUCCAUCCAUAAACACAGUGCAUAAUGCAUGUAUAUUCAACAAUAAUGCUUUUAUCAAUAAUUCAACAAUAUUGUGUUCAACAGCUUUGAUAUUACAGUGUAUUAUGUGUGUAUUAUGUAUAGUAUAUUCAAUCAUAUACUUCCAUACUCCGCGAAGUACCGACAUGAACUGGUUUCACUUAUAUGAACCCCUGUCCUAUUGUAAUAUUGUCCCAGUUAUAUAGACAAAUGUAUAGUAUUAUAUAAGUAUCUUCUUCUGUAUUUGUAUGAUAUAUCUCGUGAUAUAUUAUAUGAUUAUGUAUGUAAGAGGCUGAAAUAUACUACAGGCGUGCUAAAGAAAUUUCUUGAUAAAGAGAAAGUGUUUAAGAAAGAUAUAAAGACUGUGAAUGGAUAGACACAAUGGUCGAUAACUAAGAUGUUUGUUUACCAAAGACUUUUGUCCCUUUCUAUUAUACAUGAAUUUAAUCCUAUGCAAAACCCGUAUAGAUAAUGAUGAACUAGACGAUAUACAUAAUUGUAAAUAAAUAGUUUUGUUAUGUAAAUAUUAAUAGGUAGUUAAUUAAACGAACAGGUAAAUAUGAAUAAAAGAAUGAGCGGACGAGCGAACGAAUAUAAAUGAAUGAAGGAAUACAUGAAUGAAUGUCUGAAUGAAUGAAUAAAUGAAUGAAUGAUGAAUAAGUGAAUGAAUGAAUGAAUGAAUGAAUGAAGGAUAAAUUAUAUGGGUACUGCAAGAAUUCGCAUUUAAUUAACAUCUGUAGUCAUUUUUUGUGAAAUUAAAAUGAAUUCACCUGUAUGCACUGUGUAGUAAUAUCGCUUUUUAAAAUGUAUUAUUAAUUCUCAUAUAUUAUCGAAAUAGUUGCAGAAAGACAACAUUUUGCAAACAAUAUCAUCGGAAACAUAAGUAGAGUAUAUAUAUGUAUACAUAUACAAAAUGUACAUCGUAUCCAUGUCAUAAGAAAAGUUCAUGUGUUGUUUGACGUGGAAACUCGUUAAUGCGGCAAAAGGAAAUGUCGUUAUGGCACCGUUAUGAAUAUAGAAAUACGAGUUUCGUAUUAAGGAGGUUCCGGUUCAAUAUUUUUUUUAAAUACAUUAAUGUCAUAUUUCAUGUACUAACGUCUAUCGACAAUCAGUAUUCUAACAUGUGUUUCAUAGUGUUUAAUGUUUUACAAUGCCAGUUAAGGUAAAGUGUACCAUGCUAUAUUUAUAUCUUAUCUCCAUUAUCAUGACAUGUUACAGUUUCUUUACCCUCCGGACGUUUUACUUCGAACACGUCUACCUGUAUUAUGAUAUUGUCAUCAACUGUGAGACGCAAAUAGAUUGACAAGGGAAGUAACUAUUAGCCAAAUGCCUAUCUUUUUUCGCUACUCUGUAAAAAAUCUGAAACGAAACCUACCCCAUUAUUAAAUACUGCAAUGGUACAUUUAACAUCAACUGACAUUG